CCGCAUCCUGCAGGGCCAGGCCUUCGUCUUCCUGGCCUUCCUCGCCAUCUACCUCAUCACCCUGCUGGGGAACUGCCUGAUCCUCACCCUCAUCGUGCUGGAUCCCCAGCUGCACAGCCCCAUGUACUUCUUCCUCGGCCACCUCUCCUUCCUGGACAUGAGCUACUCCUCUGUCACCGUGCCCAAGAUCCUUGUUAACUUUGUACACCAGCGAGAGACCAUCUCCUACCGGGAGUGCAUGGCACAGAUGUUCUUCCUCAUGACCUGUGCAGGAACGGAGUGUGCGCUGCUCACCGUCAUGGCCUUUGACCGGUACGCGGCCAUCUGCAAACCCCUGCACUACACUUGCAUCAUGAGCAAGAAGGUGUGUAUCCCACUGGCCUCGGCCUGCUGGCUCUGGGGCAUCCUGGACUCGGCCAUCCACACCUUCCUGACCACCGACGUCUCCUUCUGUGGAGCCAACCAGAUCCACCACAUCUUCUGCGACGUCCCUCCCCUGCUGAAGAUCGCCUGCAGCGACACCUACAUCAACGAGAUGGCUCUUCAUGCUGCCAGCAUCUUUGUAAGCCUGAGCCCAUUUCUGCUCGUCCUCAUCUCGUACGUCUACAUCCUAGCGGCCAUCCUCCGCAUCCGCUCCAAAAUGGGCAGGCGCAAAGCCUUCUCCACCUGCACCUCCCACCUGGUCGUGGUCAUCAUCUACUUUGGGAUGGCCAUCCUGAACUACAACCGGCCCAGCACCGGCUAUUCCCUGGAGGUGGAAACGCUGAUCUCCACGCUCUACUGCAUCAUCGCCCCCAUGCUCAACCCCCUCAUCUACAGCCUCCGCAACCAGGACGUGAGGGGGGCCUUGAAGAAGGUGCUUGGGCACAAGAGGAGGGACUGUGUUUCCACACAUGGGGAAUCAGGGCCAGGUAGCAGCUUUGGCCGGAUCGAGGCAGAAACCCGGCCCAGAGCUCCGGAUCGGAUCGUGGCCAUCCGAAGCAGCCGGAUCCGAAGCCGGAUCGGAUCGCUGCCUGCUCGCACAGGCGUAGCUGCCACCGGCCCCAUGGACGGGGCGAACCAGACACAGGUGACAGAGUUCGUCUUCCUGGGCUUCUCCCGCGUCCUGCAGGGCCAGGCCUUCGUCUUCCUGGCCUUCCUCGCCAUCUACCUCAUCACCCUGCUGGGGAACUGCCUGAUCCUCACCCUCAUCGUGCUGGAUCCCCAGCUGCACAGCCCCAUGUACUUCUUCCUCGGCCACCUCUCCUUCCUGGACAUGAGCUACUCCUCUGUCACCGUGCCCAAGAUCCUCAUCAACUUUGUACGCCAGCGGGAGACCAUCUCCUACCGGGAGUGCAUGGCACAGAUGUUCUUCCUCAUGACCUGCGCAGGAACGGAGUGUGCGCUGCUCACCGUCAUGGCCUUUGACCGGUACGCGGCCAUCUGCAAACCCCUGCACUACACCCGCAUCAUGAGCAAGAAGGUGUGUGUCCCACUGGCCACGGCCUGCUGGCUCUGGGGCAUCCUGGACUCGGCCAUCCACACCUUCCUGGCCACUGACAUCUCCUUCUGUGGAGCCAACCAGAUCCACCACAUCUUCUGCGACGUCCCUCCCCUGCUGAAGAUCGCCUGCAGCGACACCUACAUCAACGAGAUGGCUCUUCAUGCUGCCAGCAUCUUUGUAAGCCUGAGCCCAUUUCUGCUCGUCCUCAUCUCGUACCUCUACAUCGUGGCAGCCAUCCUCCGCAUGCACUCCAGAAUGGGCAGGCGCAAAGCCUUCUCUACCUGCACCUCCCACCUGGUCGUGGUCAUCGUCUACUUUGGGAUGGCCAACCUCAACUACAACCGGCCCAGCACCGGCUAUUCCCUGGAGGUGGACACGCUGAUCUCCACGCUCUACUGCAUCAUCACCCCCAUGCUCAACCCCCUCAUCUACAGCCUCCGCAACCAGGACGUGAGGGGGGCCUUGAAGAAGGUGCUUGGGCACAAGAGGAGGGACUGUGUUUCCACACAUGGGGAAUCAGGGCCAGGUUAGGGUCAUGCCUAGGAGGUGAGUCCUGGUCCACCAGGACAUUCAAGAAGCUUAUCAUCAUGAUUCAUGGAAAAUUACUGACUUGACUCUCUUAGGUUAUAAAAAGGUAUCGUCAAAUGAGCCGGACGAACCGUGACAGGAUGUUUCCAGCACAACUAAUCCACUUCACGGGGUCAACCAUACAUUGCCCCUUGUCCCGCCUUGGGCAGGGAACCGAGGCAGGACAAUGUGCCACAUGUUCCCUACUUACAGAGAUGUGCCUCAGAGAGCUCCUGGGGCACGGUUACAUGUGGGACCCCAGCUUCCUCCGCUCGCAGAGACCCACACCAGGGCAUCUCUGAGGUGCAUUUCUAAGCGAGGAAAGCCAGGUAGGCACUCCUGGGGUUUAUGGGGCCUGAUCCUAAAUGGGAAUUCCCAGGGCAUGCAGGAUCAGGCCCCUCAAGUCCUGAGACCCCAGCCUAGCUCUGGGCUGCCUGCGCUCUCACACUGGACAGCAAAAAAACCAUCAGCUGUAACAGGAACUACGACCACCUUUCCUGCAGCCACAGAUUCUGGGCAGUUGUGGCGGGACAAGGAGUAUGGACAUCUGUGCAUUUGGCCUUCUGAAAUGGCAGCAAAAAAGGCAACGUCUGUGUCCACCUUUAUGGAGAACGUGACCCUCUCCGGGAAUGGGAGCUUGCAGAAGAAGGGCCUCUCCAUGGGGGUCAGCACUUUGCCUCGUCUGCCUCGAGACAGGAUGGGCCAGAGACACCUCUGUGGAAAUGACCAAAGCCCCUCACUCCACUGCUGGCCUCCACAUCCUGCUGUUUGCUCUCAGGCAAUGUCAGUGAGGGGCACUGCACAUCCCAGGAAUAAGCCAGUGUGCGGCUUCUCCUGGAAUUAUCUCCUCUCAGGAGAUGUCACAUCCAUGAAGGAGCCAUGCUGCCUUCUCCUGCUCCGUGGCAGACCCCAGCUGUGUGCAUGACUCCCCCGGGUGUCAAAUCUGCCAUGCGUGUUGCUGACUGCUCCAAGUGCAGCAGACGGCAAUGCAUCAGAAGCUGAGCUCCAGACCCUAGACUGCAACCCCGUUAGCCUUUUAGCCCUUUUUUGGGCACAAUCAGCACUCAGGGCACCAGGAACCUCAGCCAGGAAGAGGAAGUUUGGCCCGGUCAUGAAAAUUGUCAGAGGCUGGGCUGUGAUUGCACCUCCUGCUUCCCAACGGCCUGGGUCUGCAUUGAGGGGCAGCUGUGCUCUCCAACAUGCAUGGGGGCCGAUUCCCUCUGGGAAGAGGGAAACCCAUGGACUGGGUGUGGGCACUGGGUCUAUGACCCAGAUACCUUCUUCCGGGAGGACCCGAACCCUCAGACUGGCCACAACUUCUCCAUUCCAUAAGAGGUGAAUUUUAUUGAUGUACACUGAUAGCACGUAAGAAUAAUGCAAACAACUCUUUAUCUAUGAGUCCUGGAGCUGUCAGAGAAGGAAGGUACAUCAGACAGUACGUGAGCUUCAACCUGAGGUUUUCUCUUGAAUGUCAUGCAUCAGCAGCUUGGAGUUUGAAGACCAAGGCCCACCCCACUCCAUGGGGGUGGGUGAGGGGCUGCUGGUGUGCCCCCUUUCUAUGGUGGCCUCGGAUUCCCCUCUUGGGGACACUUUUGCAUCCUUUCUGCCUGCUGAUGACUCUUCACCUCUGGGCCAUGUUGAUUGGUCUCCCUGGGGUCCAUGAUCUGUCCUGUCAGCAUAUUCCUUUGUUCCAACAAACCCAACACAUGUAUACAUCCUAAUUUGGGCUUUUACCAGUUUCUCCUAAUUUGGUCUGUUUCCCAAAGCCAGAAAUCAAGGGCUGUGCAGUUGGGCACUAUGACCAAGCCAACACACCAAAGUCCCUUGUUUCUGUUAUGGAAUAGUGUGGUACAUGUCUUUAAUUUCCCAGCCUCUGUGUCUGCUGGCUCCAGACACCAUAGGCCUUGAAGCAAACCUUGUCAUAAACAGGCUUUUAGAAAUCAAUUAACCCUUGUCAUUGCCCUGUACCAUUAUUGUAAUGCAUAUCUACUUUACUUACAAGCCAGUUUCUAGGAGCAAACCUCUACAUUUUCUAGCCAUCGCAGUGCAGGACUGUUGCAUCCAGGACAGCUCAGACACUUCAGGCCCCUUCUUUGCACUGUCUGCAAUGGGGCUGUGGGGGCCACAGCUCGAUGGGGCCAUGGAACUUGCCUGGCACUUGUAGCUGUGAGAGCAGGACCCAGGGCUUGGGCAGCUAGGGUCUUGAGUGUCAAAGGCCUGGGGCAGCGCAACUUUGAGGCAGGAAUUCCUGUGUCUAAGGAGAGGAGACGCAAGUGAAACCCAAGCAGUGCAGCGAUGAGGAAGCUCUGCCCCCCAGGCUGCUUGGCUGCGUGACAUCUGUCCGCCCAGGGCUGAGAUGUGUCAGGAGGAUUUGAAGCCUCCCCAAGGGGUGCUGCUGCAGGCCAGGCUGGGGAUGAGACUGGGCCGUGCCAAUGCUCCUGCUGGCAUCAACCCUGCAGGGUCCUGGCUGGAGGGUCUUGUCCCGGCACUCAGGCUCAGCCCACACUGCACUGGGGCAGGAAAGGAUUUCCCCCCUGCUCACACUGGUGCGAACUGGGGGGUUUCCCCUUCCUCUGCAGUGGGGGCACGGCCUCAGCCUGGCAGCAGCAGGAUGUUGGCAGUCGCGGCCCCCCUGCUUUCCCGGGGGUAGGGGCAGUGGUGAUGCCUGGAGCUGUGUCAGGGGUAAGGGUAUCUUGUGUAGAGUUUAGACCAGGGGCAGGCAAUUAUUUCAGCUGCAGGGCUGAUUAACAAGUUUUGAUCAGCUGUGAGGGCCACAUGGGUAGCCCCGCCCCGGACAGCUGCCCCACCCCCUGGUUACCAUCUUGGGACUGGGAGUCCCAUCCCAACACAGGAGUCCCUCUUGCCAACGGAAGUUCCUCUCCUUGCUCCAGAAGUUCUCCUUUUAGGAGAGGGUGUUGUCAUCUUGAAACUGGAGAAAA